AAAUAAAACGUUCUGCUAAGGUUACAUAACGGCGCCUGCAUAACGCCAAAUGCAACAUUCAGGUACUAGACUAAUCUAUAAAUAUUUGUAUAUCAUCCUUUUUGACACAUAAAUGCCAGUGCACUGGUGCCACAAACUAUAUGACUACCGCAUGGAGUUUCUCUGGACUAUAACUUCAUAUCCCACAAUUCCUACUUCCGUAACCUACCGUGAACUGUUCGGACCAUCAAGAAGAAGUCGCGUUACUUUUCCCCGCUCGCGCCGCUUCUCGUUCGCGAGCGUCGGUCGCGCUGUGACCACAGAGUUGUGUUGGAGCAACAACGAUCAAAUGCACACAGUUCCGGGAACGAAAGGUGCCGGUCAGAAGAGUGCCAUGUUCGUCCACGCGCAGUCCUUCGAGGAUCUGACCGCUGAGGACGAGGAUCAGAGGGAGGCCGAAGUGGAACAGUCGGGCGAGUGUGCCGAGGACCUGACGGUGCUGGUGGGAGAGAAAAGCCCAGAGGAGGAGAAGGAGAAGAAGCACAAUGACAUCACAUCGGAGAGUAGGACCAAGGAGGAAGACGUGUCCGGCGAGGCGUGGAGGAGCCACAGAAAGCACGUGUUUGUGCUGAGCGAGGCCGGAAAGCCAAUCUACAGCCGCUAUGGCACUGAGGAGGCCCUGUCCAGCACCACAGGGGUGAUGAUGGCCCUGGUGUCUUUUGUUGAGGCCGAGAAGAACAUCAUUCGUUCCAUCCAAGCAGAUGGCUGUAAAGUGGUUUUCCUCAGCAAGACCCCCCUGGUCCUGGUAUGCGUGUCUCGGACCUCUCAGACCGACAAGGAGCUGCUGCGGGAGCUGCAGUACAUCUACUACCAGAUUGUCAGCCUGCUGACCCUCACCCAGCUCAACCACAUCUUCCAGCACAAGCAAAACUUUGACCUGCGCCGCCUGCUGUCCGGCUCCGAGUACCUCACCGACAACCUGCUGCAUCGGCUGGACCGAGACCCCGGGCUGCUGCUCAGCGCCGUCACCUGCCUGCCUCUGGCCAGCUCCGCCAGGGACGUGGUGUCGUCCGGCCUGCAGGCCGCCAAAUCCGAGAGCCUGGUGUUCUCCAUCUUGCUGGCGGGCGACCGCCUGGUUACUCUGGUGAGGAAAAAGGACCAGUUCCUGCACCACAUAGACUUGCACCUGGUCUUCAACCUGGUGGGCUCCUCCUCGUCCUUCCGAGAGGGCGAAGGCUGGACGCCGAUCUGUCUGCCGAAGUUCAACACCGCUGGGUUUUUCCACGCUCACAUCUCUUACCUGGAGCCUGCGUCUCCGCUCUGCCUCAUCCUAGUCUCGACCGACCGAGAGGAUUUCUUUAACAUGUCCAAUUGCAAGCAGCGGUUCCUGGAGAGGCUGAGCAAGCGCAGCGCCUACCCGGCCUUGAAAGAAGCCCUUAAAUGUCCCAGCUAUUCUGUGGCUCAGGUCGGCAUCCCGGAGCUCAGGCACUUCCUGUACAAAUCCAAGAGCUCAGGGCUGUACACCAGUCCAGAGUUCCCUGAAGUGUACCAGUCUGAUGGAGAGCAGGAGCGGCUGAUGGGAUUGUACCAGCGCCUCCACGGCAGCCUGCACCAUCCAACCAGACCCCUCCGCUCCUUCUACCGCUGUGGAGAAACUGAAAACCUGCUGGCAUGGGUGACGAGCGGCUUCGAGCUCUACCUGUGUUUCAGCCCGCUGGGGACCAAGGCCAUGGCCGUCUCUGCUGUCAACAAACUGCUAAAGUGGAUCCGGAAGGAGGAGGAUCGCCUCUUCAUCCUGAGUCCGCUCACAUACUGAGACCUGAAGAGACGGCCGAUGCCGAUGGUGCAGCCAUUUGGUAUUUGCUUCAUGAUUGUCCGAGUUUUUUUUUUUCUUCUUGCUUUUGGAUUCCGUUGAUCUAAGUCAGGGAUUUGUGAUUAAGUGGCAAUGACGUUAAAAUAACAGUAUUUUAUCUGUCUCACUUUUUAUAACUGAAUAUUUGAAUGACGACGGCAGCAGCUUCAGCAUCAUCCAUGAUGACCCAACAACAUGAACGGUGGUGCUUGUAUGAUUUUCGAGAUGUUUUGCAAAUGUCUGUUUUACUGUAACAGCCCAAUUAUGCCUCUAAGACUAUGAAAGACGCUGUCAUUGUUUUGUAAAGGCUUUCCUCUUAGUUCUUAAAAAUCAGGAAUGAAACUUGUAUUAAAAAAACUGGAAUUUCUUCAAGGACCUGCAGUAGAAUGUAUUCCCUUGUUGUGACACAUGCUGUCAAAAUAGGAGUUCACCACAUUCCUGUUGCCCUUUAUGAUUACAUGAUGACCAAUAACUGUAAUUGUUAUUUCACCUCAAUGCACUUUUUUAUGCAAAAGGCACUCCUAAGACAAAUGUGUUCAUGAGUCUGUAACCUGAUGACUGCUAUCAUUGUGUGUUAAUGUUAAGGCAUCUUCAUUUCACUUGCUCCACCUUGCAGUGUCUAUUUGAAUGUCCAUUAAUUUAUCAUAUGUGUUUAUUAAUUAAGAAAGGUAUUGUAUGACAAUGUGUCAAAAGUCCACUGUAUUUCAAGGUACCCUGCUUUGCGUAAGGAAACAUCCCCACAUCUGCCUCCACUGAUCAUCCCUUCUCUAAUGAUCAUUGUUCAACAAUGUGACCGUGACAACGACCAUUACAACUCCAGAAUAAUCACACACAAAUAAAUCACUGGUAAUGAAACUGAUCA